AUGGGCGACAUGGUUGUUGCUGGCCUUCCAACGCCCAACACUCUUCCAAGAGUUCCCAGUCGCAGGUCAACUGCCGUUAGGCCUUCUGUUACGAAGCGACCGCAUGAUUCGCAAAUCCCACGAUGUCGCAGUUCCGGCAGGAAGGCGGGUUUUUUAUUUGGCACGUCAGGUGUCGCAGAAAACUGUCAACCGCAAGUAACAACAAGUUCAGUUUCUACGUCAGUGCCAUCAACUUCUUUUCGUUGCAGCUCAGUGAGCAAGGCAAAACGUGUGAGGUUUUAUAGGAAUGGGGAUCAAUAUUUUAAGGGAAUAUGGUAUGCGAUAUCUGCAGAGCGAGUUCGAUCAUUCCAAGCUCUCCUGUGUGACCUGACAAGGUCACUAAGUGAUUCUGUAAAUUUGCCGCACGGAGUUCGGUAUAUUUUUUCACUCGAUGGUUCUCAUAAAGUGAAGCAACUUGAGGAAUUCAGUGAUGGUGAAGGAUAUGUUUGUUCGAGUUCUGAUACCUACAAACGUGUGGAUUAUGAAAAUGCUCGGGAACCAACCUGGUGCACUGCCUUGACCGAAAGAGUUGUUGCCCCUUUUCGGGAGCCUAAUGAUUUUGUUCAUCCACGUAUAAUUACUGUGAUACGCAAUGGGGUAAAGCCACGUCGAGUUUUUCGGCAUCUUCUAAACAAAAAAACAGCUCGGUCGUUUUUGCAGGUUUUCCUUUUUGACAUUACUGCUUUGGUGAAAUUAGACAGUGGAGCUGUUAGAAAAAUUUUUGCAAUAAGUGGAAAAGAGGUGACAUGUUUGGCAGAUUUUUUUUUGGAAGAUGAUAUUUUUAUUGCCUAUGGGAAGGAACGGAUGAGUGUGGAUGAUUUUUACAUUGUCACUGAAGAAAGCAAGCGUCUUUACAAUUCACGAGCGCACAAUCGAACUUUUAAACUGAAAAAAAGAACCAUGCCUCAAAGGAACGAGUCAAUGAGAGACGAUCGGAAAGGCAGCUUUGUGCAAGACUCGGAAAUGAGUAGGAAAUUGCCUUUAUUCUUGGAUGAUAUGAUACACAUUGUGAAAUUGAUUGGUGAUGGAAACACAGCCUUAGUUUAUGAAAUAAUAAAAUCUAGAGAAAGGAAGGCGUUAAAAAUUAUAAGUCGAGAAAAUGCCAAGGGGAAAGAAGAGCUUGUACGUUCUGAAAUUGCAAUAAUGCAGAGGAUAUCCCAUGAUAACAUUGUUAGAAUGGAUGGCUGUUGGCAAUACGAAGGGUCAUACUAUUUGUCCUUGGAGUUGGAAGGUGAUCUUUUUGAACAUCUAUGCAGAGUUAAAUGCGUUAACGAGAGGUGUGCAUCUAGCUUGAUGGGUUGUUUGGCCUCUGCCCUUGACUAUCUGCAUUCACUAAAUAUUGUGCAUCGUGACGUUAAACCAGAAAAUCUUUUGGUUUAUAAUUGUCCUUAUACGGGUAACUUGCAACUUAAAUUAGCAGAUUUUGGAUUAGCUGUGGAGAUGACAGGUCAGCCGUUAAUGGUCAUUUGUGGAACUCCUACUUAUGUGGCUCCAGAGGUUCUAUCUGAGUUUGGUUACGAUCAUAAAGUGGAUCUUUGGGCGGCUGGUGUUAUUCUUUACGUCCUUCUCUGUGGUUUUCCUCCUUUUCAGAGUGUAGAUGGUAAUCAAGAACAACUUUUUGAGCAAAUUAUCCGUGGGCAGUUCAGCUUUCCUGCCCCUAUUUGGAAUAAUAUUUCUUAUUCUGCAAAGGGACUGAUUCAAGGUCUUCUGCAGCUUGAUGUUGAAGAAAGAUUUUCUGCAUCUCAAGUUCUUUCGUUUCCGUGGGUUCAGGGGAUUGGAGAGGUUGAGCCAGAAUAUGAAAAACUUAUGGAAGCUGCAGUGAAAGCUCAAGCAGAUUCUCUUGAAGAGAGCAACUUAGAGUUUUUCUUUUCAAGGUAA